GGCAACAAAGACCGCCAUCUUGGGAAGGAAAUGAAGGUCGCAAAGAGACACCCUCUGAUUGGCUACCGCGCUCCAUCGCACCAAUAGGAUUGUUUUACACUGGGACGCGAGGUGGGGUGGAGAUGCGAACCUGAACAAGUUUGGGACGUUGUUUAAAAUCUCCCCUGUUCGGGGUCAAAGGCGGAGGCGCGAUUAUGAAUCAAAUCCGAACAGUAUUGCAGAGAAUGUUUGGGUUGGUUAAACAUCACGUAGGGACUGAUCAGUUUGGAAACAAGUAUUAUUAUAUUCCUGAGCAGAAAAGUUGGACUGGACAGACUAUUCGUUCAAAAAGAAUGAUCGAAGCAGUCAAUCCAAAAGAAAUUGAAUAUGAAGUUGGAAACAUCCCUUCUGAAUGGGAGGCUUGGAUACGAGGGCGCAGGGAGGACCCACCAACCAAAGAGGAAAUUCUACACAAUGAAGAAUACAGGAAAAUGAUAAAGAUAAAUGCCGAUGAAGUACAACAGAAGGAGGAGAUUAGGAGAGAGAAGGAAUAUGAGGAAGGUCUUGUUGCACGGCCAAUUCGAACUCAAAUCAAGGGACAUGCCUCUGCAACUUACUUUGGAAAGGAUAAGCUAUCUUCAGAACCCACAAGUACAGCAAAUACCUUCCAGCCAGGAGGCUGGUUACCACCAGAAAACUCAAAUAAGAAAAAAUAACAUUUUUAUUUUGUCUUAUGGCUUAAAGAAUAUUUACCAGAAAUAUCUAACAAAUAAACAAAGGAACUAUAUAUACUUACAGCAAUUAUCACAUAUCAAUAAUAUAACAAUCGGUGUGUUUUGUUUUUUUUUUUCUGUUUAAAUUUUCAAAUUCAAACCCCAGCACUUUAAGAUUCUUCUGACAAGGUCAUCAGUUUGAAGUAUUUCUUAAGUUUGUUUAAAAUCUGCUUUUCUAUGGGUAGUUUAUUCUACUCCCCCAGGUGUUAGGGCAAAAGGUUUGCACAGAAAUUUGUAAAUCAUUGCUUUCAUCUGUGUUGGAAUUGAAGUAUUUAGACAGUUUCAGAUAUGCAAACCAGAAAUUCUUCUCGGUAGUGGUGCAAUGAAGGGGGAGGUAAUCCUCAGCAAAGAAACUAAAGGACCACAGGGACAUCUAGAACAGCUUUUCUUAUACCUAAAAUUAAAUGCUCAGUUGCACCAAAUACACAGCUCUCAAAACUUGAGUUAAUUUGCCUGAUGUAAUGUCAAGAAAUUUCUGUUUUACAUGCUACUGUAAUCUAUUGUAUUGACAUUGAGCCCAUUUAAUAGAGAGGUGGGUCAGUUAGUUCAGUUGACUUGAUGGCUUGCAAUGCAGAGUUGUGCUGACAACUAUGGGUUCAAUUCCUGUACCGACUGAGCUUACCAUUAAGGACUCUCCAUCUCAACCUCUCCCCUCGCCUAAGGUAUGGUGACCCUCAGGUUAAACCGUCACCAGUCAUCUCUAUCUCAUAAGAAAGCAUCCCUAUGGUCAGCUAGACUUUACCUUUUAGCUAUCAAAAAAUACUACAGUUAGCACAACAAUAGAAAACCUCACACUUAAGUUUUCUUUUGAAAAACUUACUUGUGUUACGUUUCAGUAAUUUAUUUAAGUUUGAAGUAAUUCAUUUCACAAAAAAAUUAAACCAGUCUGUAUUAAUUGUACAGAUUACAUUUUGUCAGUGGCUUGUUAGAAGUCUAAAUCACUGUUGAGUAUGAAUGCAAGUUUAAAUUGCAUUUUUUGCCUUUGUUUAAAUAACUUGGAAUGUUUUUAUGCUUGUGAUUACUUUGCUGGUCUGAAUAUUUAGAUUUCAUUCUGCUGGUAAGAAUUUAUAAAUAAACUCUUUAAUAAAACAUGUAAUAUACCAAAAUAA